CACAUAUAAUGGAAAAGCUUAUCGAUUUAUUAAAGGAUCUCCAUUAAAUUUACCAUUAACAGAAUUAUUGGCUAGUAUCUAUUUACAUCAUUGGCAAGUACCUUUAGUUAGAAAUGUUCGUGUGAGAGAUGUAUUCUAUGGUCGAUAUAAUGAUAUGGGUUUUCUAACUUGGAAUGCAUCCAUCGAAGAAUUACAGAAAAUAUUUGAUGAACUUGAACAAGGCCUAGAUUCAAAUCUUCAAAUGGCAACAUUUAUUGGUAGUGAUGUUCAUUUUCUUCAUGCAUUUAUUGAAAAUCAAAAGGGUCGCUUAUAUACGCGUGUUUAUCAUGAUUCAAUAAGUCAACCAUUUUUAUUACCUUAUGCGCAUAGUCAUCCACGAUUAUUUCAUCGACAAUGGUUUCGAGCUGCUCUUAUACGUGCUGGUCAAUAUUGUAGUUCAUUCGAAGAUUUCGAAGAAGAACGACUUUAUCUUGAAUUAAGCUUUCUUGCUAAUGGCUAUUCAUUAGAUUUUGUCGAAUAUCACUUGAGACAAUUCUUUUCACGUUUUAAUCCUAAGCCAAAUGAACCAAUGAAUCUCAACCGAUUCACAUAUCUUUCACUUCGCCGUGAAUUAUUUCGUUGCAUCGAUCAACAGAGACAUAAUCUGGAAGAAGAACAAGAAUUACAUAAGAAUUGUCAUUUAAUUCAACUACAUUAUCUUUUCGAUUGGGGUUCAAGAUUUCAAUUCAAUCAAAAAUUUCAUGAACUUUGGUCUGAAAUUCUAGAGCAAGACCCACGCUUUAAAGAAACAAUGCGUUCAAAACGUUUACUACUUAUUCAUAAUCAUGUUUAUUGGUACUAUCCCGUUGUAUUUCAUCCAAUGCUACCAAAGAAAACAAUAAACUAA